GGGAGUAAAGGAGGGAGGGGCCGGGACACGAACUCAGUUCCAUCUCAGAACUCCACUGCUACAAGAAGAGAAGAAAGUUCUGGAGCUAAAAUUCAAGACAGCAUACAAAAGCAGAAGAGGACCCACGCUGACGCAGCCCACGUGGACUGGUCCACAGCGUAUAAUAAUAAUAAUUCACAGUUUGUUUUUACAGAACAGUCCGACUCAUGUCAGGCCCAGCGGUGGUCGUUCUUUUACUCUCUCUUCUUCUGACUCUGACUGCAGUUCAGGCCCAAGGAUCUUCUCAGGACUCCUUCAUCAUCCAGUACCUGGAGAGGAGGCUGGUGCAGAUCGAGGAGCGUCUGAACCAAUGUGAGCAGAACACAAUAACCGUCACGCAGAAGACCUAUGACCUCUCCUCUGAGGUCAGGGGGUCUCUGUCCUCCCUCACUGCUCUCAGAUCGGAGAUGAAGAACCAGCUGGACGGUGUGAGCGUACGAGUGGAUCGGAUGGAGAGAGAGCUGGAGUAUCUGGAAAACAAGAUUCCCACGCAGGGAGACAUUGAGAUGGAGGAGGCGCUGCUGGAGCAGCAGAUCAAAGAUGCUGAGCUGGACUUGUUAAAGACCAAAGCCAAGAUCAAAAUGGACAGGGACUGCAGCAUGGCCCUGAGUCAAAUCAAGUCUCUGAAGAUUGUGAAGAAAGCUGGAGAUGCGUCCGGUUCCUGGUUCAAGGAUCCGACGGCCGGAUCAGAAAAGGUGUACCUGUUGAGUGGAUUCUAUAACAACACUCUGCUGGAGUACCAUUCUCUACACAGCUUCACAGAGAAAAACAGCUCCACCCCAGCAAAGGUGCUGCAGCUGCCGUUCUAUUGGCAGGGAACAGGUCAUGUGGUUUACAACGGGUUCCUGUACUACCACAAGGCAGACACCCCCAACCAGAUACUAAAGGUGGCGCUGUUGAACACCACAGUGGUGGACAGCACUCUUCUUCCAGGAGCAGGUCGCAUUCCAGUCUACAGCCUGAACCCCAACACCUAUCUGGACCUGGCUGUGGAUGAGCUGGGCCUCUGGGUCAUCCACGCCGAUGCAGAGUAUGAAGGAAAACUGGUCGUUUCCAAACUUGAUAAGGCAAGUCUGGCAGUGGAGUACACCUGGGACACACAGUGUCCAAGCCGUGACGCCGAGGGAGCGUUCCUGAUCUGUGGAACACUCUACGUGGUCUACAACACACGCUACGGAGGGCGCUCCACGGUGCAGUGUCUCUAUGACAUCCACAACACCAUCCACAGUGAGGAGAGUCCGGUCCUGUUUUUUCCCAAGCGUUACACCAGCCACAGCAGCAUCCACUACCAUCCUGGAGACCAGCAGCUGUACGCCUGGGACGACGGCUACCAGACCAUAUAUCACGUAGAGACCAUCAGUGACCGGAGAGUUAUUUAACAAAAACAAAUAACCAUGGAACCUGCGUUAGAACCAAGGACUGGACUGCUUUUGUUUUUUGUUUUGUUUUUAUUUUCAUGUCAUUGUUGAAUAAAGUAUAAAACUAUAUUAAUA